GGAUUACUUUCUGCUUUUGUGCAGCUUCUCGCUGUCUGUGGUGUCCGCCGUGGAAGAGACGUUGAUGGACACAAAGUGGGCCACUACAGAAUUAGCGUGGACUGCACACCCUGAGACUGGGUGGGAAGAGGUGAGCGGCUAUGACGAUGUCAUGAACCCUAUUCGGACGUACCAAGUCUGCAAUGUACGAGAGCUCAAUCAAAAUAACUGGCUACGAAGUGACUUCAUCCCACGUAAAGAUGUGCUACGUGUGUAUGUGGAGAUGAAAUUCACAGUGCGUGACUGCAACAGCAUCCCCAACAUACCGGGUUCCUGCAAAGAAACAUUCAACCUCUUCUAUUACGAAUCAGACUCAGAUUCGGCAACGGCCACGAGCCCGUUCUGGAUGGAGAAUCCUUACAUGAAGGUGGACACGAUUGCCCCGGAUGAGAGCUUCUCAAUGCUCGAGUCUGGACGAGUAAACACAAAGGUCCGAAGUUUUGGACCGCUGUCCAAAGCUGGGUUUUACCUGGCCUUUCAGGACCUUGGUGCUUGCAUGUCCCUCAUCUCAGUGAGGGUUUUUUACAAGAAGUGCUCCACCACAAUCGCCAACUUUGCCGUAUUCCCAGAAACGGCAACGGGGGCCGAGGCAACCUCCUUGGUAAUUGCCCCAGGUACUUGUGUUCCCAAUGCAUUGGAGGUGUCUGUGCCAUUGAAGCUUUACUGCAAUGGAGAUGGGGAAUGGAUGGUUCCUGUAGGAGCCUGUACAUGUGCAGCUGGUUUCGAAGCAGCCAUGAAGGAUACUCAGUGUCAAGCUUGUAGCCCUGGCAAAUUCAAGUUCAAACAAGGAGAGGGCCCCUGUUUUCCUUGUCCAGCCAACAGCCGAGCAACCUCUGGAGCAGCUAGCGUUUGCUCCUGUCGAAAUGGUUAUUAYCGCUCAGACACAGAUUCUGCAGACUCCCCCUGCACAACGGUCCCAUCUUCCCCGCGCAGUGUCAUUUCCAGCGUUAACGAAACAUCGCUGGUGCUGGAAUGGAGCGAGCCUCGUGACCUGGGUGGUCGCGAAGACGUCYUGUAUAACGUCAUCUGUAAGAAGUGCCUUCCCGAGCGGGGAAUGUGCUCGCGGUGUGAUGACAACGUGGACAUUUCCCCGCGCCACCUGGGCCUGACACUGCGUCGCGUGAUGGUCCGUAACCUGCAAGCCCACACACAGUACAGCUUUGAAAUCCAGGCGGUCAAUGGAGUUUCCAACAAGAGCCCCUAUACACCUCAGUUCUCCGCUGUGAACAUCACCACAAAUCAGGCUGCUCCAUCUGCAGUGCCCACAGUCCACCUAAUGGCGGCCACAGCGAGCACUAUGAGCCUGUCCUGGCUUCCCCCAGAGAAACCCAACGGAAUUAUUCUGGAUUAUGAGAUUAAGUACCAUGAGAAGGAUCAGGGCGAGGCCAUUGCCCAUACCAUGACUGCCCAACGGAGCAACGCCCGCAUUGAAGGUCUCAAGGCUGGUACACCUUAUGUGGUACAAGUCCGUGCCCGAACAGUGGCUGGUUAUGGGCGUUACAGCAGCCCAGCAGACUUCAGCACCAACCUGCAAACUGAUCCUCCAAAGUCGUGGCAGGAGCAGCUGCCUCUCAUCGUUGGAUCAAUCACAGCCAUCUUGGUCUUCAUUAUAGCCGUUGUGGUCAUCGCUAUUGUCUGCCUCAGAAAGCAGAGAAAUGGUUCAGAGUCAGAGUACACUGAGAAACUACAGCAGUAUAAAUCCCCAAUAGUAACGCCAGGAAUGAAGGUCUACAUUGAUCCUUUCACCUAUGAGGACCCCAAUGAAGCAGUGCGCGAGUUUGCCAAGGAGAUUGACGUGUCCUGCGUGAAGAUCGAGGAGGUCAUUGGCGCAGGUAACCCACCAAAGCUCCUGAGCUACAGGGGGAAGACAGCUAGUCACCUCCAGGCCAUACCAUUAGAGGACUUCACACCAAGCGGAGAGUUUGGGGAGGUGUGCCGGGGYCGCCUAAAGCUGYCUGGGCGUCGGGAGAUCAUUGUGGCCAUCAAGACUCUCAAGGUGGGCUACACUGACCGGCAGAGGCGAGACUUCCUAUCUGAAGCUUCCAUCAUGGGCCAGUUUGACCACCCCAAUAUUAUUCGUCUGGAAGGUGUGGUCACCAAAAGUCGGCCAGUGAUGAUUGUGACCGAGUUCAUGGAAAAUGGUGCCCUGGACUCUUUUCUAAGGCUGAAUGACGGGCAGUUCACAGUGAUCCAGCUGGUUGGCAUGUUACGUGGCAUCGCAGCAGGCAUGAAGUACCUGUCAGACAUGAACUAUGUCCACAGAGACCUGGCCGCCCGGAACAUCUUGGUUAACAGUAAUCUGGUGUGUAAGGUGUCUGACUUUGGGCUAUCUCGUUUCCUUGAAGAUGACCCUUCAGAUCCUACAUACACCAGCUCAUUGUAUUUCAUGCUCACAUACUCAUUCGCAUAUCCACAGGGAGGAAAAAUCCCCAUUCGCUGGACGGCCCCUGAGGCUAUUGCCUACAGGAAGUUCACCUCAGCCAGUGAUGUGUGGAGCUACGGCAUCGUCAUGUGGGAAGUAAUGUCGUAUGGCGAGCGACCGUAUUGGGACAUGAGCAAUCAAGAUGUGAUAAAUGCCGUAGAGCAAGACUAUCGACUGCCCCCACCCAUGGACUGCCCCACGGCUCUACACCAGCUUAUGCUGGACUGCUGGGUGAAGGAGAGGAACUUGCGACCCAAAUUCACCCAGAUCGUGGCCACACUGGAUAAGCUCAUCCGGAACGCUGCCAGUCUCAAGGUGGUCACCAACAGCACACAGUCUACUGGGGUAUCCCAGCCAUUGCUUGAUCGCAGUGUGCCAGACUAUACCACUUUCACCACUGUGGGGGACUGGCUGGAUGCCAUCAAGAUGAGCCGCUACCGUGACAACUUUGUCAACGCCGGAUUUGCGUCCUUUGACCUGGUGGCCCAGAUGACAGCAGAGGACUUGCUGCGAAUAGGGGUGACAUUGGCCGGUCAUCAGAAGAAAAUCCUCGGUAGCAUUCAGGACAUGAGACUACAGAUGAACCAAACACUUCCUGUGCAGGUGUGAGCGUGAGGACACUCGUAUGGAUGCAAAGGACAGUCAGACGAGAAACGGGGGGUAAAACUGUGCCAGAGUGGGCCAACGGAAAAAACCCAAGCUGCCUGACCCAUCUCUGCCAUCAAGACACACUCAAACUGGCUUGCAGUGCCUCAGAAUAUAUAUUUUUAAUGAUUUCAAUGCCACAUACAUUUCCCGCCCCCUCUGUUUUGUUCCUUUUUAUAGUUUUUUUUCCAUCCAAAUGGAAUUAGUUUGUUUUUGAAAGAGGAGAACAGCUUAACCUCCCUUUGCCAUGCGUGCUUCACCAACUCUAGGAUGAGUUGAUGUUCACAUGCAUGUGGUUUUUGUGAAGUUGGCCUUAUUCGUGCUCCGAACCUUCAUGCACGAGCCUUUCCUCUUGACCCUUACUACAGCUCUGCUGGAUGURAAAAUAUACGGUCAAGAAUGAACUCCCACAUAUGAAAGAGCGAGAAACUCUUCACUUGUAGAAAAAGAAACCAGGUGAAAAACUUUUGUGUGCCAGAGCACAAGAAAUAAAGGACGAUUCUUUCUCGGAUAUAAUUUUCUCCCUUUUUUUUUGUGCAUGUCCGUUGUUCUCCAUCUUCAUAUUGAAGAUGUGUUACCUAAAAGGGCACUUGCCGGAGAGGGGUGAGGCGGUGAAAGGAAAAUAAAGAAGAUGGACUGCAGUCAAAGGUCAAGAAGAUAGCUAAGAUCAAAAGGUCAAAGAAAGAGAAGGCAGCCACAGUUUUGGACACCUGUGUUGAACUUGGAGUCACCAGACGACCUCUUCACGCUGACCUGAGGGACUUUGGAUUGGUUCAUAACUUGGGAACACCUGUUUUACUUAUACAAAUAAGAAGUUCUUGUUUAUUUUUGUUUGUUWGUUUGUUUCCCAAACUAAUUUUUUUUCUUGCUUCUUUUGACGUUUUUUGUCUUUCUUACACACCUUUGGGAGACUUUUGAUUUAAAAAUGAUUGGUCCAACAAGGAUCAGCCCCACUGCAGGACACUUCAUGUGAUCAGGGGGAGACGAGGACUGUGGCAACACUAUGGAAAGACCCCUUGGCCUUUUGUGUGCAUUUUUUAUGGGAGUGUCUGUUUGUGUGCGUGUGUGUAUGUAUGUGUGUGUGUGUGUGUGCUUGCAUAUUUGUAUGAUGAAGUGUGUCAUGGAGUGCAAGAGUGUUCCUAGCUGCACAAAAGUUUCUGUACAAUACAGCUUCUGCAGUCCGACACCAUGGAGAAUUAACGCAUGAACUGUAAUAAGAAGCAACUAUAUCUGAAAUAAUUACGCUAUACUCUGUGGACAGCUGUUAAACAUUCACUUUUUUUAUUGGAUCCAAAAAUGACUUUGAACUCACACACACUCACACUCACGCAGACACACACACAUUCAGUCAAACGUCCUUAUAAAUAUAUAUAAAUAUAUAAAAUCCGAAUUUAGAAAUAAUCAAACAAAUUAUUGUUUAUAUUUUUUUUGACCUUUUGCCCUGCGUAUUUAUUUGUACCUCACCCGUCAACCUCAUAAUCCCCCCCCCCCACCACCACCACCACCAUCACCACCAACAUGGACAAAGCCGCUGUUUGGGAGAAAGGACUUGGAACAAUCAGAAGAAAAGAACCUAAAAAAAUGCAUUCAUUCAGAAAUCGGCAAUGCAUUGACAGCUAUUAAGCAAAAUUAAUUGCAAGAAAUGGGAUAUUGUAUUUCUGUUGUUGUUCUAAACAGCCUGUACAUAUUUUGUAACAAAUUCGGAUGAACGUAAAAAAAAAAGGUGUUGUAACAAAACGAAGGUGUUGUGAAAUGUUUGCCUCAGAGGGAGUUUAGCUGCAAGGACAGGACAACCAUGGGAGAAAGAGAGAAGAAAUGAAUAGCAGCCAUUGUUAUCUCAGUGUUGACUGUGAGGAGGUGUGUUCAGCUCUGUUUGUGCCACCUGAACUCGAUAUUCGACUUCCCCAAUCCAUUCUUACUCUCAACGUACAGAGCAUUUGUGAAGCACUGAGCUGUUACUAAUUGUCUUCCAGGUACAUAAUUUCCCACUCAGCUGUAGUCCAACCCAUUUCAUUUAGGACUGUCAAGAUUUUUAUUUUUAUUUUUUGAAAGGGGAGGAGAGGCAGCUCAGAGUUAGAGUUGUUUAAAACUCCUCCGUUUACCUUUGUAUCAUUUCAGUCACCCUCCCUCCCCCAGAGGAGGAGCACCAUUACAGGGCCUCUCCAUCCACGGGGUCCUCAUUAGAGAGUCCCGAGCUGUCAGUGGAGAAGCCUGUUGGUUUGUGUCUGUCAGCUCGAUUAAUGCGGCAGCCAAUCAGGCCUGGCGAGGAUAUGAAUGUGCAUCACGCAGGCGUUCGCCGACACGGGGCAGGCAGGCCUAUCAUAAUCUCUCGUUCAUUUCCUGUCUGGCCCGCAAUCGCCCCGUCUCAGCUCUGGGUGCUGCAUGAUUAGCGAGCAGGAUCAACAGCAAAAGUAUACAGACAGCCCAAAAACCUGAAUCCGCCCUCAUCUUAACUGAUAGCAGCUGCAUCUCAGACCUUUCUAUUUGCGCUUCUCGCAGGAGGGUGUGUGGAGACGGCAGAUUAGGGAGCACGGCUGUAUCACUGCUGAAAUCUCCCAGAAAACCUCGAUGCUGUUUGGGUUGGAGUUGMUCAAUGCAAUAUGUGAAUAUCAUUCUUUGCAUUUAUGAUGUUGCUGAUGGAGUGGAUUUUAGGUCAUGCAGUUGGUCUUAGUUCCUUUAAGAGAAAUGGAUAUGCAAAACAGUAAUGUGUUCCCUAUUUUGUGUUAUUUUAUUGUUUUCCACAAACAGGUGCUUUUUUUUUUUACCAAGUCAGUAGUCUCUGAUAAGAGCUUAUUAACCUUUAACAGCUCUGGUAGCCUUCUCAGUCAUGACUGGGUACUGAUUCAGUGCAGUUCAUUUUGGUGACAAUGUGGCUCAAAGUUAGAUUUGGCAACACAAUAAGUAGUCUUUGUUGUCAUUGCUUACAAUUACUUUGUCCUUUUUAUGACAAAAUAUAUAAGAUUGCGGAAGAGUGGUGGAUGAUGGGAUGACUACAAUCAGAUUCAAGUAUUUGCAUUGAUGGGAAACAUUUCUUCCUCCUUCAGUAAUUUCGGUUUUUCAGGAACUUCAGCUCCAUAUUUGCUCUCUUGCGUGUGGCACCAAAACAAGUCAAAGGCUACGUUCACACUGCAGGCAAAUGCAACCCAAAUGAAAAUUUUUGUUGCCCCAUAUUGGAUUUUUUUUCAUAAAAUUAUGAACGUGACAAAUCCGAUUUUUUUAUUUUUUUUAUUUUUUUUUUCCAAAUCUGACCCAGGCUUUUUUUAGUAUGCGGUACUAAAUCGGAUACAUUCCUCGUGCUUUUCAAAGUGACCUCAGAACGCUCAUGUCACAUUCCAUCCAAUAAACUGGACUUACUCAAAGUUACUGGAUCGAUAUUUUACUCUCAACACGUCGCUCCGUUUCCAAAAAUAAAAAUGCUGGACCCAAGCAGCCGAUCAGAGGACACUUCAAAUGGUAACACUGAGCCAAACCAGCAUGUCAGGUAACUAUUUAAAUCUACUCUGUUUGCACAACGACGUCAGAAUCAACAUGCUAACAUGUAGCGUCCACAGGCUGCUUCUGGAAACAGUGAGCUGAAUGUGAUGUCACAKCAUGACUGCUAAAGAGAGUUAACACUGGAGUCUGAUGGAGGUCGCAUUUGAAAUAUAAUGCAGAUGCCCCGCAAAUACUACUAAUAAUAAUAAUAAUUUUUGUGAAAAAAUCUAAAUUGAGCAUAAAGACCUGCAGGAUGAACGUAGACUUAGUUGAAAAGGGUUGGAGUGAAGAGGCUAAACACAAUCAGAUGGCAAACAUGCCCACUCAUGAGAAGUGGCAGCCGGGAGCCUUCAUGAACUAUUGAUGAAGUGCACAUGGUGCUCUGAGGUUCUGGACUUGUGUUCACAUAAGUCGACGGGUCAUGAGUGAUGAGCUCAACUGGCAAUGUUGCACAUAUUUAAAAUGUUAGAACCCAGCGCCACUUCAGCUGCAAACAAUUAAUCUUCAGGGGUUUUCUUCUGGACAUUCGUGAGAGAACUCUCAGAAUAGGAAAGAAAUCUGAUUUCCUGUUUGUGUUCAUCCAUCCGAGUCUGAGUGGCUGAAAUUAAGAUGGACUGUUACAUUUGUGUGUGUUUAUGCGUGAGUGUGUGUAUGGAGUGGGAAAAAAAAUGCUAUUUUAUACAGAACCGGCUUGAUCAGCAGAGUUUAGGCUGUCAAUUGUGGCUAUCUAUUUGUGUGCCAAUAGGAUUCAAAUUAUCCUAACAUUCCUUACUUCUUUCCUGUUUUACAUAUUCUGCUGAUUAUCACAGAUUAUACCCCAUCUCCUAAAAAUAUCACUUCUCAUCCCUCCACACAUGUCUCUUUCUAGCUUUGUUGUUUUACCUGUCUGUUUAAAAUAAUUAUAUACAGUGCUUUCCCCCUCCUUCUGUUAUCUAACAAGCUCACAGACCUCUGUCUUUUGGUCGUGUUUAUUUUUUCAUUUUUAUAAUAACAAGCAACAUGUUUCAGAGAGUACUGUACAUGUUUAGUAAAACUAGCAUCAGGAGAGUGGAGCUGGAUAGAGAAAUGCAACUGUCACCUCCUCUCUGAAAAGCAUUGAGAUGUAUUUAAUGGUGCAGACGUACACAACAAAUUACUAAAAAUGAUGAUGCAUUCUUGUAGAAAUAUUUUUAAAAGACCCUUUUUUGCAAUUAAAUUAUUUAAGAAAUGUGA